AACAUGUUACAUGUGUGUGAGAAUCUCAGCUUCUCAUAGAUAACUUUUAAUAGUUUGUAGCUCAAACCAUUCUGACAGUUCUACCUAAGUCCCCGUUAAUCACACAGACUAAUGGUUGGUAUCAACAGAUGCAAACUAAAGAGACACACAGUGGUGGAGGUGACUGGAGACCUGGAGGAGAGACUCUGUCAGGAACACCACAGAGCUCUGGAGGUGUUCUGCAGGACAGACCAGAAGCUGAUCUGCUUGGAGUGUUCGGUGGCAAAGCACAAAGGUCAUGACACGAUCGUUGAAGAGAUAAAACAAGCUGGAAAACAGCCACUCCCUGAACAAUGUCACAACACAACUGAUUGGCUCAAACACAUUAAGAAAUGUGUCAAUAUGGGAUGUAAAGAACCCAGUCUCAAGGAGCUGUUGUCAAAGACUGGACUAGAAGAUCAUUAUGAAAACAAGCUGACGUUAAGUACUGUCCUUGAGAUAAAUGCUGAUACUACAUCAGAUGAACCUCUUACCACUAUGCAGUCACUUCCAGGGGCGUUCCUGAAGAAAUUAAUGAUGGCAAAUGUAAAUGCUAGGAGUGUCAAAUGUAUGUCCACUGAUGCAGGUGUUUCAUUUCCGGAUAAAGACCGUUUUGACAAUCUAAAAAGUGACUCUGCUAACGGUAAUGUGAUGAAUCCACUGGACCUGAUAACAGCCCUGUUUCUGUGCUCAGAUGGUUUCCUGCAGCAGGAGAUGGUCCAGAAAAUGUCCAUGUGUCAGUUUGCUGUUCCUCUGCUGCUGCCCAACUGUGACACAGAACAAAUCACUUUGAUGCUGUGGGCCUUGAGGGACAUAGUGAGGAAGUUUAGACUCUCUUCCCAAACAUCCACAAAGGCUUUUGUGGUGGAGAGAAUUGUUGUCUCUGAUAUUCCUAUGGUGUCCUUUGUUAGGUUAGGGGAGAUAGUGUCUAAGUCUCAGAUCUUGAACAAGUUGCUUAGUAACCCUCAGCAGUACCAUGACACAUUUGUUCAUCAUGAUAUGGAAUGUGGUGACAUCCCUCAUAGAAUCUCAGAUGGUCUGGUUGAAAUCAGCUGGUACCUUCCAUGUGGGAACAGAAACAUAGACAUGUUCACUAAGCCUGUGGCGGUGGCCAAUCUCAGAGGAGACAUCAGGUCCUUUGAAAAACAGUUCUCCUUUCUGUGUCAAACAUCAGCUGCAGUUUACAUUUUCACUGAUGAUUUAGAGUCAGAUCUCAAUUUGUUGAAAAGCAAAAACACAAAAGCAGAGUUAAUUCUAGUCGUCAACUCUCAACGAAAAUCGUUCAGAGUAGACACAUUGAAAGAAAUGACCACAAACUGCAGUAUCAAUGACCAAAAUGUGAUUGUGAAGAAAAAGAAAAACGAUGCAGAAUUUGUCAAAACCCUGCAAUCAUCUGUUGGUGACGUCAUUGAAAAAAGUAAAAACUGGUUGACAGUGGAAAACAUGACUGACAUAGCUCGUCACAGUGGGAUUCUGGUUGAUGAAGACCGCAAUGAAUGUCAGAGUGCCAGGAAGAUGGCAGAUGAAAUCACCAGCAACAUCACAGACACAGUCAAAUUCAAAGACAAACAACUACCCUUACAAGGGAAAAUCUGGAAAGAGCUUUCCCAGUUGGAGAAAGAGAGAUGUAGACUGAGAAAAGCAGGUGAUGAAGACAUUGAACACUACAAAAUCUUUCUGAAGAAAAAGGAGGAAGGGCUGAGAGAGAAACAACAUAAAUGUGACAUGUCAGAUGCAAUGGCAAGCUUCAUUUUAGGAUUGUCAGGAUCAGGAGCGGAGCGUUCCUAUUUCCUCAAAUGGAUGCGGAUAAAUCUGGACAAUCUGUCACGGCAGAAUCUGUCUGCUUUGAGGGACCGGUACAAAGAUCUUUGCCAAUAUUCUCCGGAGAGAAAAGACGACAUUAAAGAUUUGGAUAAGCAAUUAUCUGAUUGUUCCUUAGGUCUUGAACACUUCCUGCGUGAGUUGGGCCAGUUAUAUGAGUCUGCCUGCUCCCUCCCUGGAGACAGUCCUCAAAGGAAACAGAUGGAGCAUCUCCCUGGAUUGUGUGCUCAGAUGCUGUUGGAUGGUUUCCCCAUUGAGCUUGUGGAUGGAGAUGCAUCAAACAUCCCUCUGAAAUGGAUUUCAGCUGUUCUGACUCAGCUUCAUACUCUUGUGGACUCUAACAGCAAGAUCCUGGUUGUCUCAGUUUUAGGGGUUCAAAGCACUGGGAAGUCCACUCUCCUCAACACCAUGUUUGGGGUCCAGUUUGCUGUCAGCAGUGGAAGAUGCACCAGAGGGGCCUUCAUGCUACUGAUUAAAGUCAACAAAGAAUUCAAGGAGGAGCUGAAAUGUGAAUUCAUCAUGGUCAUUGACACAGAGGGGUUGAAAUCACCAGAGUUGGCUCAACUAGAUGAUAGCUAUGAACAUGACAAGGAACUGGCAACACUGGUGAUAGGACUCAGUGAUGUCACAAUUAUCAACAUCUCCAUGGAGAACUCCACAGAGAUGAAAGACAUUCUACAGAUUGUUGUUCAUACCUUCCUCAGGAUGAAGGAAUUGGGGAAGAAGCCAGUAUGUCAUUUUGUGCACCAGAAUGUGUCAGACAUGUCUGCUCAUGACAACAACAUGAGGGACAGGAAGAAGUUGUUGGAACAGUUUAAUGAAAUGACCCUGGCAGCAGCCAGAAUGGAGAAGAAGGAGAAUAUCACCAAGUUCACUGAUGUGAUGGAGUAUGACCCAGACACAAGCAGCUGCUACAUCCCAGGACUCUGGCAUGGGACUCCCCCAAUGGCUCCAGUCAAUGCUGGAUACAGUGAGGCUGUGUAUGAUUUAAAAAAGAGCUUGAUGCAAGACUUAAUAAAAUGCCAGAGGAAUGAUGACAUGACACAUUUCCUGAAGUGGACAGAAAGCUUGUGGGAGUCUGUGAAAUCGGAGAAAUGAAUUUUCAGUGUCAGAAACAGCUUGAUUGCAGAUGCAUACUCCAGUUAAUGCUCUGAGUACAAUGGUUGGAACGGUCAUUCCAGAAGGACAUUUAUUCCUGGAUAAUGGUGCUGAAAGCAGAAUAUAAAACAGAUCCAAACCCCCAAAUGAGCAUAAGAAUCAUGCUGAAGGACUUGUCCUGUCAUCCCAAUGGUGGAAGCAGCUUAUUACUGUCACUAGGACAGCAGAAUCCCUGCCCAUCAGGUUCUAAGUGUUCUAAGUUGCCAGGUAGAAUAGUAGAAUACACAAGGUGCAAUUUAGAAAUGUGGUUUUGCAUCCACAGUUUUCCUCUGGUUAUGUAAGUCACUGAUAGUCAGUCAUUUAGCCCAUGUCAGCAAAUUUAUUUUAGAUUGCUAAAUUAGUUUAACAGCCAGCUAUCUAAACUAUUAUGGUUGAAUUACCUGCUGGGGUCUCCUAUUGAUUUUGUUAGUCAGUCUAACUCUGGCUAGAACAAACUCACUAGAAAGGCAGGAACCUAGGAAGAAACCUAGCGAGGAACCAGGCUCUGAGGGGUGGCCAGUCCUCCUCUGGCUGUGCCUGGUAGAGAUUAUAAUCAUUGUGUUGACUACUAGUUGACUUUGACUGAAGUAUGAAGUCCAAUCUCAACAUUAGAAAAAUAUAUUCACAUAAUUUGUAUAAACAGCUGUAUUAGAAUUGAAUGAAGAUUAUGCUCAUUGGGAUGAAUAUAAUGAAACAAGGAUAUACCUACAAGAGAGACGUGUAACUAAUUAUGAAAGAAAGGUCAUUCUGUUCGUUUGAUCUUAGAUGUUCUAUAUUAUCUUUGGUUUAAUUUAGUUUAAUCUUGUAUAUCAUUCAUACAGUCUUUGAAGGACUAGCCCAGUGAUUGACUAAAGGGAUCAAUAGAUCAGUGCAGACUGUACAUACUGUGACUGUAAAUAUUGUCCAUUAGAGAUUUACACCCAUAGAGAUGUGAUUCUAUAUGUAAUGCUAUGUUUUACACCUUUACAAAAAGCCUUUGAAACAGAUAACAGAUACUGUACAUUGUGAAACAGAUACUGUACAUUGUGAAAGGCUUUUGUAUGUUUAAGAAGAGAACAUGUUAGUCCUCAUCUUAUGAAAUGAAGUUGCUUUAAGGGCUACUUUAGUUGCAUGCAUGUUAAAAUAUUCAUUUCCAUCAUGUAACAAGUUAAUUAUUCCAUUGUUUGUUUAUUUGUCUCAGAUUUGUCAAAUGUAAAGAAUGUAUACACAUCUGAUUUCCUAAAAAUAUAUCUUCAUUCUUUUACUUGAGAAAAAUGCAUAACCAAUGAUUCAUCACCUACUUAACAUCAAAUGUACAACAUUUAUCAUUGAAAUACUUUUUAUAUACCUCAUUUCAAAAUCUCAGCAUUAUUUUAUUGUAGAAAAAUACAUGUAUCAUAUCCUAUGAUUAUCCUAUGAUUAAUCUACUUAUCAUCAUACUAACAAUGAUGUAUACCACUUAUCAUUGAAGGACUUUUUAAAUAAAAACUGUUAAUUGAGA